CGUCCUGUAAAUUAUUUUUCUUAGCAUAUAUAAGACAGUCUGCUGUCUUUCAUUGGCUUUUAUUUUCAUAUCAUGUAUAUUCGCAUGCUGUAGGCAUUUAGUCUUUAGAAAUUACGAUUCCUAAAUGACGAGUCUGCACUAGCCAGGAGGUUACCGGUGGAUUGUUCUGAUGGCAAGACUGUUUUUACUAACGGGGAUUUGUAUGCUUGAUUUAGACCUUACGGUUCUAUAACAAAAUGUACAAACAGUCCUCAAUAGACUUGGAUCCCAAGACAAUGUGCAAGCCACCAGACGUUACUUUUCAUAAAAAUGGAGAGAAAAACAGUCCAAUAAGCGUGAUUUUGGUUAGUUCAGGGAGCCGCGGUAACAAGUUGCUCUUCAGAUAUCCAUUUCUAAAAGUGUCUGAAAACACUUCAUCAGCUGCAACGAAACAGAGAAGUGCAUAUGCAUUAAGGACCACAAGUGAUGCUACAGAGGACCAAGAUGGAGACUCAAGAGAACAAACUUCACUAACUGAUGAACAGUUGGUAGCAGGAUUUUCAGACAUUAUUCUUGCAACCAUAUUGGCCACUAAGUCAGAUAUGUGUGGAAAAAAGUUUGAACUGAAGAUCGACAAUGUGAGAUUUGUGGGGCACCCAACGCUCCUGCAGCCCCCACACUCCAUUCAGGUUUCCAAAACAGACCCUUCGCCAAAAAGAGAAAUGCCUACCAUGAUCUUGUUUAGUGUUGUGUUCGCAUUAAGGGCCAAUGCAGACCCAUCCGUGAUCAGUUGCAUGCACAACUUGUCAAGACGUCUCGCCAUUGCCCUGCAGCAUGAGGAACGCCGUUGCCAGUACCUCACUAGAGAGGCCAAACUGAUGCUGGCUGUACAGGAUGAGCUCACCACCAUGACUGAGACGGAUGGAACAUUGCAGUCACCCUUUCGACACAUCCUCCCUAAGUGUAAACUGGCAAGAGACCUAAAAGAAGCCUAUGACAGCCUCUGCACAACUGGUGUCGUCCGACUUCACAUCAACAACUGGUUGGAGGUCAGCUUCUGUUUGCCCCACAAGAUUCAUCGGGUUAGUGGGAACUACAUUCCCCCAGAGGCUCUGGAGUGCAGCCUUAAGGCAAUACGGCCAUAUCAUGCGCUGCUGCUGCUGGACAAUGAAAAGGCCCUGCUGGCUGAGCUUCCUCUUGACUGCUCUCCUGCACUGGUGCGGCUUAUCAAGAUCUGUUCAGCCAUGAAAAACCUGCAGCAGUUGGCACAGGAUGCUGAUUUGGCCCUUUUGCAGAUCUUUCAAAUUGCUGCUCACUUAGUAUACUGGGGGAAAGCCAUCAUUGUGUAUCCACUUUGUGAGAACAAUGUCUACAUGCUGUCUCCACAUGCCAACAUCUUUCUGUACUCACCACUGGCAAAAAACUUUGCCCAGGAGUUUCCGGGUCAUGACCUGCCAUCCAUGUUAGCCAAGUUCUCUUUACCCGUAUCUCUUUCUGAGUUUAGGAACCCACUGGAUGCUCCUGUGCAGGAGGCACAGUUGAUCCAGAUGGUGGUGUGGAUGCUACAGAGACGGCUGCUGAUCCAGCUGCACACUUACGUUUGCUUACUUGUGCCACCCAGCGUGGAGCAGCCGUGCCCUCCGGAUAAUGAACUGCCAACGGUGAAUCGCUUGCCUGGCCGAAGCCUCAGUACACCCUCUGCCCACAGUUUUGGCUCUCCAACCAGCAGUGAUGACAUGACACUUACCAGCCCCAGCAUGGACAAUUCUAGUGCAGAGCUGCUGCCAGGUGAAGAAUCUCCGCUUAAUAAAAGGAUGACAGAGACACUGCUGGCCAGCCUGACGGAGCAUGAGCGCCAUGCCAUCCUUAAUGUGCCUGCUGCACAGAACCCUGAUGACCUGCGCAUGUUUGCCAGAUUGCUGCACUAUUUCAGGGGCCAUCAUCACCUGGAGGAAAUCAUGUACAAUGAGAACAUUCGCCGUUCCCAGCUAAAGACUCUGUUCGACAAGUUCCGCAGUGUUUUAGUGGUAACCAACCAUGAGGACCCUAUUAUCUCACUCUUCCAGACACCCCCAGAAUAUCAGUAACAGUUAGGCAUGUCAUUCAACUUGUCAAUAACAAUGUCAUUGUUAUUGCUCUUAAUCAUCAAAGUGCUUUAAAUAUUUUUUACUCGCUGCUGUUUUAACAGAAUAAAUUAAUUCAGAACUGUU